AUGACUUCCACAAUCCCACCAGCACCACCAUCCCAACAACAACCACUCAAUCCAACAACGACUGAAACAACAACACCCCUUCCCCCCUCCGCCCUCACAACCCUCCUCUCCACCACAACCACAACACCACCCACCCCCCUCUCCGCAAACACAAUCCAAAUCCUCCACAACCUCCAACACCAACACCUCUGGACCUCCCUGCGCGUCCACGACCUCCACCUCCCCAGCAAAUCCACCACCGAACCUGAACAACCCCUCUACCUCAUCUCCGGCAUCCCCCCGCACCACCUCUACAUCCACCCGGACGAGCAGCUGUUUAUGCUGGAGCGCGGACUGCGCGAAGACGACGUCGAGCUCGAGCGCAUGUUCGUCCUGCCCACGGUGCAGGGCGAGUCAUGGACGCUUCGCAAGUUGGCGGGGGUGUUUGAUUCGUUGCCCGAGGGUAGCGAGGAAGUACUGGAAGGAGGGGGUGAGAAGGCGGAGAAGUUGAGGGAAUAUUAUGAGUAUCGGGGGAAGGCGAGGGCUACGAAGGAGUGGGGAUGGUGCGGUGAAGCCGAGACAGAAUUAAUAUAUGAUUGGGGAGAGGAAAUGGGGUUAUACAUGGGUUACGGGUGCGAAGAGAAGGCAUAUGCUGCUGAGCGUACAGCAAGAAGCAAGCAAUACCUUCCAAUUUCUCUCUACACCGAAGAAGAUCGAAUUAUAUACACGGAUGACAGACAGCAACAAGAGACGAACCGGACCAAGUACCUCUCAGAGGCAUUCGACGAAACGGACAGAUGA